CCCUAUAAACCCUACUCUUAUUCUUAUAUUUAUAAGGGUCAUCACCUCAUUCUAAUACAUUCAUAUUCACAAUCUCAAUCUCCUCAAGAUUCAAAUUUUUCAAGAGAGUUACAGUCAGAAGCAUAAAAAAAAUAGAAACAUAUUAGAGUACCUUUGUAAAAUCUUUUCUUCAAAUGAAGCCUUCUUUAGUAGUUUCUAUAAUCUUUUUCUCCAUUCUUCUUCUUCUCCUUCACCAAGUUAAAGGGAUUCGAUUCGAAAAGGGAUUUAUGCAAGUUGAUCAUCAGAAAGAAGUACCACUCAAUAACGAUGUGGAAGAGAAGAACUCGUUAAUAAAAAGAAACAGUGGUGUUAUUAGUGGAGAAGUUACGAUCUGCAAAGACGGACAUUGUAGUACAGGAAUUAAUAGAAAACUUACUACUCUGACUGCCUCUUCUUCUACUUCUACUUCCACUGAUUCCUCGAAGAAUGGGGAAAAUGGAAGAAAUAUUAAAGCUAAGCCAAAGAGCAAAGGAAUUCAUGAAGAAGAAGAGAAAUUAAAAAUAAAUUCAGCAUCAAAUGGUGAGCAACAGAAGGUGAGUGAUCAUGAUGGUAGCUUUGUGGAUAUUAUGGAUUACUCUCCGGCAAGAAGAAAGCCACCAAUACAUAACUAAAGUUGGAGACAAGGAAGCUAUAAUAGCUAUAGAGAGACGGGGGAAUUCUUUUUAUUAUUUUAGGAGAAUAAGAAAUGAGAUCAACAAAAAGUUGAACAGCAUUACAGAAAUGCUGCAGGUUUUUUUGUACAUACUUUAUUUUAUUUCCAUAAUCUCUAAUUUUGAUGGUUGAUUACUAA